CUCACUCCGCGCGUCGGCAUAGUGCAGGAGUAGUUGUAGCAGAGAAUCUUGCGAUUCGUCCCCCUCUAAAGUUGUGAGAUAUACGAUUACUUGGUGUGGUUACACCUCGAUAAUUAGCGUCGCUACGAAUUCUUUCGAGGUGGCGUGGUGAUAACCGGUGUUGCUCGUAUAUAUAUAUAUAUUUGGGGCGUUUGAAAUCGGACACCGCUGUAACGUCCUCGUUUUCCGCGGAGUGAUACAGUGUUGGGGAUGACAAUGUGGAGGAGGCUAAAAUGUCUACUAGGAAGAUGAGACGGUUAGCAUUGCAGCGACUAUAAGAAAACCGUAGUCUACAACUUGGGUAGAGUUAUCGCUUGAGUAGGUUAUACGCUCGAAUUCAGGUUAGCUCGGAUAUAAUACCUGGGAGUAUAAAACUCAAUUAUUCGGCGAUUUGCAGGGCCUGAAACACGGGAAGGGGGAUUUUGUCCCCCAACUUUGUUUUCUCUCUCACUCGCUCUCUCUCUCUCCCGAAAGCUCUCCAUUUGGAUGCCGAACACUUGAGACGACAAAAGGGUUUUGUAAAGUCGCAGAGUCUAUGUGUGUGUGCUGAGAAAGAAUGAGCGAUACCGGAAUCAGAAUGAGUACUGCAGGAACGGACAAGGAGCUCAGCGACCUCCUGGACUUCAGCGCUAUGUUUCCUCUUCCAGGGGCGCACGGGAAAAACAGACCCAACGCUCAAUCCAGCGGUCAGUUUGCAAGCACAGGUUUGGAAGAUCGGAGCGGAUCAGGCUCCUGGGGCUCAGCCGAGCAGAACAGUCCAUCCUUCCCUUCACGGGCGUUUGACAAUGUGGGCCACUACAGUGAGCAUGAAAGCAUGUCUCCUUCAUCCAUGUACAGCUCAGGAAUUGGAGGUAAAUCGGACAGAGGACCUUAUUCCUUUGGCACACAGUUCCUGCCAGGAGAAAUGUCCAUGUCCAGUCCUGAUGGCUUGUCCCCCUCCGGCGUAAAAGCCACAUCGCCAUUCUACGGAGCCUACCCAGCCAAUCGUAGGAGGCCACUGGAUGGAGUGCUGGGUGAGAUAGCUAAUACCCCGCCGAAGAAGAUCAGGAAAGUACCAGCUGGUCUCCCAACCUCGGUUUAUCCAACAGCUCCCAGUGACGAUUUCUCCCAGGAAAACACAAGUUUCCCAGCUUCAAAAACCGGCAGCGUCUACCCUGGCACAUACUACAUGGAAGAGGGUCUGCAGGACCCCUGGGCUCAGUCGGGUUAUUCCUCCAUACCCCAUCUACCCCAGUCCGCUCCAUUUGCUGCCAUCAACCCUCAGGAUCGCCUGAAGAGGCAGCCUUUGCCCCUAUCCCCUCCAUCUUAUCCUCACCACGGCAGCGAGGUGAACGGUGGCUUCCAGUCCGCAUACACCCCUCCCAUCAAUGGAUCAGACGGGAUCAUGGGCAAUAGAGGCAGUGCACCAGGAAGCUCAGGAGAUGAAAUUGGAAAAGCCCUUGCUUCAAUUUACCCUUCGGACAACAACGGGAGCAACUUCUCCUCCACUCCACCUACCCCGGUGGGCUCUCCUCAGAACAUGGCAGUCUCUGCAUCCCAGUGGCCCAGAGGAUCAACUCAGUCUGCACAGUCACCCAACUUUGAGGGAGGACUGCAAGCACUGCAGAACAAGAUGGAGGACUGCCUGGGUGAAGCCUUGCAUGUGUUGCGGAACCACGCGGUCGGUUCGGGACUCAGUGCAGAAAUGCACACCCUGCUGAGCGCCGCUGGAGGAGCUGCAGGUCUGAGCUCCCUCAGUCAGAGCUUUUCCCUGCACAACAGAGUGCCCAGCAUGGUGCCGAACCACCACGAGGAGUCGGCCGGACUGACGCCCACCGGUUCCCUGUUACAUGGGCAGCCUACAGCCACACAAGCCUCCACCAACUCACAGCCAGAGGGCUUCUCCAGUUUGCCUGGAAGUCUGUCUCGUGUCUCCAGCACGGAUAUAAAGAGGGAGGAGAAGGAGGAUGACGAGAACUGCUCCGUUAUAGAUAAGUCUGAUGACGAGAAGAAAGACGGCAAGAUGAACCGCACAAGAACAAGUCUUGACAAUGACAAUGACGAGGACGACGAGGACUUGCCAGCGGAGAUAAAGGCGGAGCGGGAGAAAGAACGGCGCGUGGCCAAUAAUGCGCGCGAGCGUUUACGUGUGCGCGACAUCAACGAGGCCUUCAAGGAGCUCGGACGCAUGUGCCAGCUCCAUCUGAACAAUGAGAAACCGCAGACCAAACUGCUGAUCCUGCACCAGGCCGUUAAUGUUAUUCUCAGCCUGGAGCAGCAAGUACGAGAGCGUAACCUCAACCCAAAGGCGGCAUGUCUGAAGAGGAGAGAGGAGGAAAAGGUGUCCGGCAUUGGGGGAGAUCCUCAGAUGCUGGGAGGAGGCCAUCCUGGCCUGGGCAGUGAUGGGCACACUCAUAUGUAAUAUUUAUAUUCUAUCGUAAAGAGUACUUUCAGAUGUGGCCUUAUUCUCCUAUCUACCGUCUCAGUGUGUGAAAACGCUCACCAUGACUGUGCAUCAGAAUUUUUUAAUCUAACGGACACAUACCUGUGCAGACACACACACACUCACACACACUUUUUACUGAAAGCUCACACACACGCAUAAAUGUACACACAGAUGUUAUGGACCACUGGAGCAUCUUAAAGAACACUGCUGAGAGACGGAGGAACUCUGAGCACAACGAACAAGAAUCUCUGCGCUCCUUUUCGUUUUUUUCUGGUUUAUAUUACGGGAGCAACGAGAUUACGGAGGUGUGUUUCUCACCAGGAUGUAAUUCCCUGUUGAAAUCUAGGAAAAAAAACAAAACAAAAAAAAACCAUUCCCAAGACUUCGAAGUACGGUCUUGUCCGUGUAGAUAAGGAAAGAGACACACAUGCUUAUCAAGUCAAACAGAAUAUAACUGCUACGACGUUUAGAAGUCUGAUAAUUUGAUGUUGUGCUAGAACAUAGCACAUGUGCACAAAAAAAAAAAAAACACUUUGUGGGUAGUCAAGGGCUCAAAUUAGGGAACAGAAAUUUUACCCUUUGGACUUUCAUUUGCACCACGCCACACGAGGGUGAAAGCAGAAACGAAAACGAAGAACAACCACAGUGACAAACACCUCAGCGCUCAAAUUCAGCUUGUUUUUUUGUUUUUUUUGUGCAUUAACGUUGAGCGUCUGAGCUCGUGUACCUGUCUAACUGGAACCCGUUCACCUCUAACAGCAGUCACCACAGCCAUGGACUCAACACUUCAUUAUCGCGUACUGGACUAGCAGUUUGCUUUCCGGUUUAUUUUGUUUUAAGAGGAACGACGUGUCCCCUUGACUCUCCUCAUUUUUAGCAUUUCAGUACUGUGCAGUCACGUCUAUUGAUCCUGGACCCUUCUUCCUGCUAUUCUUUUUUAAAACAAAACAAGUGUAAGAGAACUUUGGACAUGGACACCAUGUGCGAUUUUUACCAAUUGUCCUGGUUUGAUCUGAAGGGUAGAUGUAAAAGAACAGUAAAAUCAUGUCAAGGAUUGGUGAAAUCUGCUCAAAUUUAUUUUCUUUUGGCCAGUGAUUCAGUGCUAAAAAUUGUCAGGGGUAUUUGUGCAUUUUAUUUUUUUUUGUUUGCUGACUGAUCAGUGUCAACUGCAUCUGCUGCCAAACCUGGAUAUCGUUUCUUGCAAAAAUGGAAGAAAAUGGAGAAUUUCAACAAAUUACUUGGGAUCUUGUGAGAUCAUGUUGACGCAUUUCUCUUUUUUUGUUUUUGUUUUAUAUAUAUAUAUAUAUAUAUAUAUAUAUAUAUAUAUAUAUAUAUAUAUAUAUAUAUAUAUAUAUAUAUAUAUAUAUAUAUAUAUAUAUAUACAUAUACACACACACACAAAUAUAAAUAUAAAUAAUUUUUUUUUUUUUUUUUGACAGAACGUUGUGUUCAAGGAUGCCAGGAACAAAUGUAAUUGUUUCGUAUUUCUUUUGCAAUUUUUGUAUUUUUAAUAGGAGGAGUGUUUAAGAGGAGUGUGGAAUCUUAACCAGCAUUCUUUCUUUAUAUAAGAAGGUUAGAAUGCCUGUUUAUUUUAUUAUAUAUAUAUAUAUAUAUAUAUAUAUAUAUAUAUAUAUAUAUAUAUAUAUAAACACAAAAUGUAUCCCCAUUGCUCCAUUUGUUUCGAACAUUUAAAUCACUGCAAUAUGAUCGGUGAUCAUAGUAUUAUGGUUGAACCACCUCUCUUGUUUGUUUAUAUAUAUAUAUAUAUAUAUAUAUAUAUAUAAAAAAUUUUCAUCAAAGCUGACACCAAGGGUCAUUUCAACAGCUGAAUUUCUCAGUGUUUUCCUUCGGUCAGUAGAAAAUCAUCUCUGAAAUCCAGAAAACGAAUUGGUUUGGAUAUUGCGAUGCUCUGAGGGUUUUGUCAGAGGAAAACGUGUAAAGAGUGAUCAGGGUGGCCUUCUUCAUCCUCUGCGCUGACCCCGCGCGUCCAGCGGGUGGCGUCCCCGGGGGAGUGAUUACCGUACCAGUGCCUGCACACUGUUUUCAGUUCAAUCCUGAAAUCAGCUUUUAAUUGCAAUGUCCACAUGUUUUGCUGGUUCUAAUGGAAUAUUUUAUAAAAAAAAAGAAAUUGAACAUGAAGACAGGGGGUGGGGGGGCGGGGCUUUUUAGUGGAUCUUGAAUGAACUUUUGCUCUGCCGAGCAAAUAAAGUACUUUCUUUGUAAAUGUGAUCCCUGUUUAGUUUUUAUGUGCUCAGUGACCUCUGUCCUGAUUGCGUUUUGUAUUUUUUAAUAAUUUUUGUUUGUUUUUAUGUUGUUUGUUUGUUUUUUGCUCAGUUCUAUGUAUUUAUCUUGGUAUCUUUGUUCAGAUACGUUAGAAACAUUGACCAUGGUGGUGUUUCUUUUUUGAUAUAAGGGUGUGGAUCAGACACUGAACUUGGCUGUUCGUUAGAAGAUGAAUCAUUUCCAGAGUACCGAAACGGCAAUUUCACUUGUGGUUCUUUACUUUUUUUUCAGCCCACCUUGAAAAACCACAUUUUGGUAUGUAGAGUAAAUUUAUUGCUCCUUUAUCAUAAAUUGACUUUCUGCCUCAAAUUGAGGCAGUUAUUUUUUUUUUAUUUUAAUUUUUUUGGGGGGGCUUUAACCGAAGCAAAUCUUUUUAACUUCCAUCGGCCCCGUGCUUUUACUCAGAUCCUGAUUGAAUUUUGACUGUUCAAGCAUCUUCGAGUGCAAAGCAUCACAUUUUCUGAUGGGCAGAGCCUCGGUUUUUAAGAUGAACCCGGCUCGUAACGGGGAGUUCCUUCUUCUUUCGCUAUUAAGUGCUCACUUUAUUGUUUUCGACUGAGACAUCUCUUGGCAUUUUCAUCUGCAGUAUCUGUUGACCCACACCAUUGGGGAGGUUUUUUAUUUUAUUAAGUCCCCAAAGUGCCUCCACUUUCCUAUUUUUUAUAUAAAGUAGCUAUUCAGAACUGUUAUGUAUAUAAAGUAGCAAUAAAUGUGCCAUUUUUAAUAACAGAA